AUGCAUUUUUCUAUUAAUGCACUUUCAUUUAUAUCUCCACCAGCAAUUAUUAAUUGUGCUUCACUAAGCAUAACCAAUACCGAACAAAAAUAUAAACUUGUAAUAUUUCCAAGUGGCAAUACAUUUUCUAUUGUUAAUAAUAAACAGUGUUCAAAUUCAGAACAUGAUGGAUUAAUUACUGUACAAAGUGGCGAUAACAAAUAUCUGGCAAUGGCUUUCAAAGAAGGUGCAAUAGCUGAAUUACAUGAAGCACAAAAAUUAUUAGGAAAAGCUAUGAAUACAGAUAUUGAAUCUGAUUAUAAUCCAGAACAAGAAAAUAAAAUGAAAACAAAAACCAUAACAAUUGUUAAACAACAAUCAAAAGAACCAACAAUUACAAGCUUAUCAGAUAUUCCGUUUGGAGAUUUGGGAAAAGCAUUUAAAAAUGUAACUAUUAAUUCACAAUCAAAAAAUGUACAUAGUACAUUAGGCGCUGGUGAUAAUCUUCGUCAUUUAAAACAAACAAUUAAUAAUUCUGAUAGUAAUGCUUGUGAAGAUUUAAGAUCAUCACUACAACGACGACAUAGCAAACGUACAAAAGCAACAAAUAUAAAAUCAAAACGUCAAUGUACAUCAUCAAAAAAGUCUACUCCACUAAAUACAGCCAUAUCAACUCCAUCAUCUACUUUUAUGGUUGAUACACAACAAUUGGAAUAUGAUGACGAUGAUGAUAGUGAUUAUGAAAAUAAACCACCACCACGAAAGCCAUCAAAUCAAAUAACACCAUCUUCAUCAUCAAUAUCAAUUCUCCAUACACCAAAAUCAUUAGCUGGUCGAAAAAUUCUUGGUACAAAUGAUGAUAACAAUGAUGAUAAUGAACAACCAUCAAAAAAAGAACUUGUAUUUUUAUUAAAAAAAUUAUUGUUAAGUAUUACAAAAAUAGAAGAAAAAUAUUUGAAAGAAAUAUUAAUUGGACAAGAAAGACAAGAAAAUAUGAUUAAAAUGUUAUUUGAAAAUCCAAAAAAAAAACCAAAAAGCCUUAUGUAA